AAAAUUCAUAAAAGUGAAAAAAAAUGAAAAUUUAUGAAUUCUUUUUAUUGCAUGUUUAAGUACUUCAAUUACUGAAAAUUAUGCUUAUUAAAAAAACUUUUAAAAAUAAUUGUUUUAAAUGGCGCGCAAUAAUAGCACUUACGGCAAACUCACAAAUUAUAACGUCACAAUGAACCAACCGCCCAGUGACAAGUUUACCUUUACCUACUCUUGCGCAAUACAAAUUGUCAGCGUCAGCGUAUUAGAUAAACGUACAUAGUGACGCGUGACGUGUUCGCGAGUACAAUCACGUCUUGAGGAAAUUUCGGCCUAAAGUGAUUACGUUCUUUAGUAAUUAUCAGCAAUUACCUGGCAUUUUCAUUGUGCAAAACGUCGCAGAAGAUAUAUUAGUAUUAGAUCUUGUCGUUUUCUUGCUACUUUCUCGCGAGGGCCGGAAAAAUGUCUUUCGUCUCGCCCAUGCCCAGCCGAGAGUUUCUUUGGAGUGUAUUUCAAAGGGUGGACAGAGAUGGAUCUGGUUCAAUUACUGCAGAUGAAUUACAACAAGCUCUUUCAAAUGGCACGUGGACACCAUUUAAUCCAGAAACUGUUCGUUUAAUGAUCGGUAUGUUUGAUAAGAACCAAAAUGGUACAGUGAGUUUUGAGGAAUUUGGAGCAUUAUGGAAAUAUGUUACUGAUUGGGAGAAUUGUUUUCGAUCAUUUGAUCGUGAUAACAGUGGUAACAUUGAUCGCAACGAAUUGAAGACUGCUCUUACAAAUUUUGGAUAUCGACUAACAGAUCAAACAAUUGACAUGCUUAUACGAAAGUAUGAUCGUGCAGGACGUGGAACAAUAUAUUUUGAUGACUUUAUACAGUGCUGCAUAGUAUUAUAUACUUUAACAUCAGCAUUCAGACGGUUGGACACAGAUCUGGAUGGUGUUAUAACAAUCCACUAUGAACAAUUGGGCAUGGUGUUUAAUCUUAAGAUAUAAACGCCACAUAUUUUCUUCAUGCCAAUUUUGAUUUACAGCUCCUAGAGGUCUGUUGACGUAUUGAAGCAUUUAUAUCUCUUUCACAAUUGGAAUAUGCCAUCCCUAAUCCAAAGCCAGCACCAAUUAUAAUGGGCCAUCUUCUUCCUAUAAAGAGAAAAUACGAAAUAUUUAUAUAUUUUUCUAUAUAUUCAACUUUAAAAUAACUAAAGAAUAAUUUGCCAAGAA